AUGGCCCGCAUGGCACGCAUGGCACAAAUGGCCCACAUGGCACACAUGGCCCACAUGGCCCACAUGGAACACAUGGAACACAUGGCCCACAUGGAACACAUGGCCCACAUGGCACACAUGGCCCACAUGGCCCACAUGGCCCACAUGACACACAUGGAACACAUGGAACACAUGGCACACAUGGCCCACAUGGCACACAUGGCCCACAUGGCCCACAUGGCCCACAUGGCACACAUGGCACACAUGGCACACAUGGCCCACAUGGGCCACAUGGAACACAUGGGCCACAUGGCACACAUGGCCCGCAUGGCAUGCAUGGCCCGCAUGGCAUGCAUGGCCCACAUGGACCGCAUGGCAUGCAUGGCCCACAUGGACCACAUGGCAUGCAUGGCCCACAUGGACCACAUGGCAUGCAUGGCCCACAUGGACCACAUGGCACACAUGGCCCACGUGGAACAUGUGGAACACGCGGCCCACGUGGCACACAUGGAACACAUGGCACACAUGGCCCACAUGGCAAACAUGGCCCACAUGGCCCACAUGGCCCACAUGGCCCACAUAGCCCACAUAGCCCAUAUAGCCCACAUGGCAUACAUGGCACACAUGGCACACAUGGCACACAACACGUGGCCCACAUGGCACACAUAG